GCGGGAAAGCCGGGGCGCCCCUGGGCCCGGCAGGGGGCGCCCCCACCCUUGGGAAGGGGCGGGGACGACGGCGGUGGGCGGGGGCGGGGGCGGGGGUGGCCUGCGCGGGGGCGGGCUCCCCGAGCCCCCAUUGGCUACCGGCCCCCCCAGCACCAGGGCUCCCCCCGUCUCCCCCCACAUCAGUCAGUCCUGCUUCCAGCUGCUGCAGCGCGCCUUCGCCGGCUCGGCACCCGCGCCCCCCGCUCCGGCCCGGCAUGGCGACCCCCACCGAGACCCCCACGACGGCUCCUGAGGAACCUGACCCAUUUUACUAUGACUACAACACGGUGCAGACUGUGGGCAUGACCCUGGCUACCAUAUUGUUCCUGCUUGGCAUCCUCAUCAUCAUCAGCAAGAAGGUCAAGUGCAGGAAGGCGGACUCCAGGUCUGAGAGCCCAACCUGCAAGUCCUGUAAGUCUGAGCUCCCCUCCUCAGCCCCUGGCGGCGGCGGCGUGUAAGAGCAGCCCCGGAACCUCCACUGCUGUCCCUGCCUGGGCGCGGGAGCCUGAGGACCGGGUGGAGGCGGCGGGGACCCCAGCCAUGCGCCGGGAGCGCCCCCCGAAUGAGCCGCCCCGCCCACCCCAAGGCUGGAGCCGCUGCACCCCGCUGUCCCUCCCCGGACCUUGGCAAUGACGACCCCCCAAAGAGCCCGUCAGUAUCCCAGACCCGGGGACCCAGGCCUCCAGCUCCUGGGGUGCAGGAGUCCCUGGCGAGCCCCACCCCCUGAGAACCCCGGCGUACUGUCCCCCUGCACCUCCUUGUCUCCGCCCCGAGGAUCCGUCCCCCUGCCCCCUCGGUGUCCGCGUCUUGAGCUUAAUAAAUGUGCAUUUGGUUUCGCCCCUG